GUGUUUGUUUUUUUCUACUGUUUUUAUUAUCCCCUCCUGUGCAUCCAUCAUCUCCAUCUGCAGCCAUGUCUGACUCUGAGGAUAUGACGGAGUUCGCCAGCAUCGUGGAGCGGAUCGAGCGGGGCGAGGUCCCGAUCAAGAACAUCGAGAGGGAGCUGAUCUGCCCGAUCUGUAAGGAGCUCUUCACCCACCCGCUGAUCCUGCCCUGCCAGCACAGCGUCUGCCAUAAGUGUGUCAGGGAGCUGCUCAUGCUAAACCAUGAGGACUCUUUCGAUGCCGGCUCUGAGUGCUCCCUGCCCGGCAGCCCCAGGUCCAGAGUGCCGUCUCCCUCCAUGGAGAGGCUAGACAGGCUUGUUAGAUCAGGCUCUAUCUCGUCCCCGGGGUGGCGCAGAGGCUCAGUGACUCCCCGGGUCACCACCAUCCCAUGCCCAGGCUGUCAGCACGACAUCGACCUCGGCGAGCGUGGCAUCAGUAUGCUGUUUCGAAACUUCACCCUGGAGAGCAUAGUGGAGCGGUACCGCCAGGCGGCCCGCGCAGCUGUGGCGAUCAUGUGUAACAUCUGUAAACCUCCACAGCUGCAGGAGGCCACAAAGAGCUGCAUGGACUGUAAGGCCAGCUACUGCAACGAGUGCUUCAAGCUGCAUCACCCAUGGGGAACACCAAAAGCUCAGCAUGAGUAUGUCGGCCCGACUACCAACUUUAGACCUAAGGUGCUCAUGUGUCCAGAACAUGAAAUGGAGAAGGUGAACAUGUACUGUGAGGUCUGCAGACGGCCCGUGUGUCACUUGUGCAAGCUGGGUGGAUCCCAUGCCAACCACAAAGUCACGUCCAUGAGCAGUGCCUACAAGAUCCUAAAGGAGAAACUGGCAAAGAGUAUCCAUUACCUCAUCAGCAAAGAGGACCAGGUCAGGACUCAGAUUACUGACAUUGAAGUGCUCAUCAAUCAGACUGAGGAAAAUGGGCAGCUAGCAGAGCAACGAGCCAAUGAACACUUUGAGCGUCUGUUUGAGACUCUGCAGGAGAGGAAGUCAGAGAUGUUGCGAUCCAUCGAACAAUCCCGAAACAGACGCCUUGAACAGCUCAGGGCCCAGGUGGAGGAGUACCAGGGCAUGCUGGAGAACAGUGGUCUGGUGGGCUACGCUCAGGAGGUGCUGAAAGAGACAGAUCAGUCCUGCUUUGUACAGACAGCAAAGCAGCUACACACCAGGAUCCAGAAGGCCACAGAGUCUCUGAGGACUUUCCAUCCUUCAGCUGACCCCUGCUUUGACGAGUUUGUGCUCGACACGUCCAGAGAAGAAACUCUGCUCAAACAGAUGUGCUUCGGUGGAGUUCCAGACCCUCCUCUGAUUGACUUGUCCAACAGCAAAGUCUACAAUGAGGCCUCGAUCCACUGGAGACUGUCUGAUGACCACCUACCCACUGAUCACCACAUGCUGGAAUACCGCAGACUUGGGGGUCCAAACCAGUCCCCGUCACAGGAGGAUGGUGAAGACAGUGGUGCAUGGAGGACCACAGACAGGGUGUAUGGAUGCAGCACUGUGGUGUGUGACCUGGAGCCCGACAGCCUGUACGCCUUCAGAGUACGAAGCUGCAGGAACUCCAUGUUCAGCCCCUACAGCCCCGAGGUCUCCUUCCACACUCCGCCUGCACCCACGUUUGGUUUCCUAUUCAGCGACAAGUGUGGCUUCAGUACAGAGCGUCUUAUCCUAAACAAGAGACGGGACACUGUGGAGAACGUUGCAGGCAUGGCCUUCCUCCUUGCUGCUGACCGAGUGCAGACAGGCAGCUACAUCGGACUAGACUACAUCAUUGGGGACACGGGCAUCACUCAGGGAAGACACUACUGGGCCUUCAGGGUGGAACCGUACUCCUACAUGGUCAAAGUCGGAGUGGCGUCUGACUCGAAGCUUAUCGAAUGGUUUCACAAUCCCAGAGAUACCAGCAGCCCAAGGUAUGAUCAUGACAGCGGACAUGACAGCGGCAGUGAGGACGCAUGUUACGAGCUCUCUCAGCCCUUCACCCUCCUCACUGUUGGCAUGGGCAAACUCUUCAUCCCCAAAGCCUCUUCGUCCUCCUCUGUUUCCUCAGCCAGUGCAGCUUCCAGCGACCCAGGCAACCGUGUUCUCCCCAUGCCACAGCGCAUGGGUGUAUGUUUAGAUUAUGACGCAUGCCGGGUGUAUUUUUACGACGCAGACACCAUGAGGUGCCUUUACGAGAGGCAGGUGGAGUGCUCGGACCAUGUUUCCAGCUUUUGGCCUCAUGGGCAGCGGCAAGGUUCAUCUGGAGGAGUUCAUCACGGCAAAGAGGCUGGCAUUCUGAGGGGGAACGGAGCAUGAAUAUGCAUUUGGACGCACAUCUCAUUAACCUUCAGCAUGUACUGGAAGGAACUGAUUAUAUGACAGGGUGAUGGAGUACAAUCCAAAAUGGUAUUGUUGAGGUCAGAUGAGGCAGGUGUGAUCAGGGUCUUUGGUCCUAAAUGUGAAAGUAGGGUCUGGAGUUGUCAUGUAUAUGGUACAAUCCAUUUACAAGAGCAUGACACUGAAUACAAGUGUCUAAACAAAGCAGAUGGUCCAUGGUAUGUGAAAAACUUCUCUACCUACCAAAGUCUCUGUGUCUGUUAAUUGUACUGACCUGCUUUUAAUUACCAGCUUUUAUCAGCUGUUUAUCUAGUGGAAUGGCUGCAAAAUUAGCCUGCAGCUACUUUAAUUGUUUUAACAUUAAAACGCCUUGGAGCAUACACUUACACUUUGUCUUACUGGGUUGUUUUAGAUUUUUUGGUGUGUAAAUUUCCUAGUGAUCUCAACAUUUCUUUGGCUCUUUCUCUUAACUCUUUGUCUAAACGUAGCAGCAUAGGUUGACAUGUAAUCCUGGUGGACCUAAGAGCCUUGUAGCUACUUUAAAGCUAGCGCCUUGGUGCCUUUUUUUAGGAACUUAGUUUGCUCUAGCAGGCAUAUAGUGUUGUCAUUGCACAAGCAUUAUGGAGUCAGUUAUCAAAAUAAAUACUAUAUGUGAGUCUUUAUUGUAGUUGGAGUGUAAUCACAGACACUGGUGUUAAACUAAUAACUGUUAAAUAGUCUUCAUCAUGACUUGUCACCUAUUUAAUCUAGACUUUAUCACAGAAAAGCACUAACUUUCCUCUCCUCACAUUUUAGUUUGGCUGUUUUUGCACAAUAUGAUGACAGAAGCCUAGCACAUGAUGAGUUCACAAUCACACUUUGAUCACUAUUCAGCAAGCUUCUUCACUUUCAAAUGUUGUCGACAAAAUCAGCACAUUAAUGUCUAACCUUCACAUUCUCAUCAACCAACAAACAUAAAUCCAGGAGGAGCUCCUUGGAUUUUAAAGCCUCUCACUGUUUGCACAGCACUGAAUGUGACUUUGAACAUCGUUUAACCAGCCAGGUACCUCAACACCGUGUACUUGCAGUCAACAUCUGUUUGACAGCUGCAGAGUCACUUACAGCCAAAGUGCGUUGGUUCUGGUGCUUAACUUAUGUGCAAAAUGCAUCUCUGUGGCCUAGCUGCCUGUAAACACAGUAAAAAAAAAACAAACAAAAACACUGUUCUUCAGGUUUCUUUCAAAAGUGCUAUCACUAAACACAUGGCUCAGUACCUUAUUUCUAUCUAAACCACGGUUUACCUGCAGUAAAGACACAUGAAGUGUAGCACGUUGGCAUGUUACUGGGGAUCAGGCUAUCAGAGACAUAGCUUAGUGAGUUCCACUGAGGAAGAUCUGAUAUUUAAGGCUUAGACAGCACAUGAUUCAGACUGUUUGCUUGGCUACCACGUUCUUUUUAACAGACAUAUUCUGUCUAUGUGCCUGCACAUGGGUUUGUUUGUACAUUCAUGUAUAAUUUGAUUUCUGGAGGCUUAGGGUAAUAGAUGUGUUUUCUCAGGUUUCUGGCCCUGCGAUUGGGGCCGAUGCUAUCUACCUCAGUCCGUCAGGCCUGGAAAACCUUAACUACUGUACCUUUCCUCGCAGAAACUACUUUUGUUUUUGUUGCAGUUUGUCAAAAAUAUUCAAGUUCAACAUCUCCGCCUUCUUUUUAGUGUCAGAUAAUAAUAAGCUGAUUUUUCCAAAUGUUUGAUUUACGUCUCAUGUACAUAAUAAUCCAGAGUAUAUUAUUUUCAGUGAAAUUAAGUACAUUUUAAAUGUUUAUGUUAGCAGUUGGUGUUGCUUGUGGACUUUAAAUGUGUAUCACUAUUGAAAAAAACUGUAAACAUGUUACCUUGUUCAGCUGCCUUUUUCAAGGUUUUUCAAAUGGUACUAACAACUCUUUCCUCCUCUUUUUGUGGUGUUGGUUUUUGCUAAUCACUUUCAAUAUUUUGGGACGCGUCAUGGGUUUUUGUUAGGGUUAAAACAUUUUAUAAAUUCCUGCUCUUACAUUUAGAUGGGCAGUAACGUCUUUGGAAACAGACUAUUGGAUUCUGUGGAAGUUUGCAUGUUUUGUCUCAUGUUGGUAUCACUUUUCUCCUGAAAGCUCACACACCUGUUAUUUAAAUUGACUGUUUCUACAUCUUAAAGCACCUCUAUGCAUUUAUGGCAGGGUAAGUUCAAAUUUAUUUCCAUCACAGAAUGUAUUCCUGUUUUCUACUAAACAAACAGCUGAAUGUUCCGUGCUUUAAGUUGGUUUUCUUCUAUUUUGUUCCAACUGGGGUCACAGCACACUUGUAUGUACAUGUAGAAAUCUGAUCAAAAGCAUGUAAACUCAUACUCACAUCCGAUCUUAAACUAAAAUUCAUCCUAGCCUGCUUUCCAGCCAUGAAUUUAGAACCAAAUAUUUAGCAGGCUGGCUCUCAAUCGUAUCCCAAGCUAGCACUUUAAAAAUCUGUAGCAUGUCAGCAACUGUUUGGCUCUGCAGGUGUGUGUGUAUAAUAAAUGUGUGCGUGCAAUAUUAUUGAACAGGCUGUAGGACUGAGGUUCAGUCAAGCCUGGAAAGACGACUUGCACUGCUGGUAGUUUCUACUUUGUGGAUUAAAAUGGGCUUUUCCUGAUGCUGAGUGAAAUUUAAACACUACUUAAUUUUUAGUUUUGUCUCAGUAACACUCAUUGUUUCUGAACUCCUAAUAUGUAACAGUGAAUUUGUCCAUACAUGUGUUCUUCAGAGGAUUUGGAUGUAGUGUGUAAGUGGUGGGUGUCUGUAUGUGUAGUAAAGAUAUGGAAAUAUUGUUCCUUGCUCCGAUUCCUGGAAAUGCAACACUUUUCAAUUUGCUGUGUGGGGAUUUCAAUAAAUAAAACUAGUGUGUUUUUAAACCUA